AUGACAAUUUAAUAGUAUAUUCUGAGUCUAUUUUCAAACUUAAAUCUUAAUCAAGGAAAUAUUAUUUUGCUUUCUACAUUACAAUAAAUACUCCAUUUAAUAUAAUAAGGUCUCAUGAUUCUUAGAUUAUAAUCUAUUCAAACGUGGAAGAGAUAUAUAAUUAUGUUAGAGUUUUAGAAUUCUUUGAAUAUGAUUAAGGUACCAAAUUGGAUGUUUAAUAUUAUAGGCUUAUUUUUUGAUGAUUGCAAUUUUCAUAUUUUUCCUGAAAAAAGGAAUAGAAACAUGAAUAAUCUUAAGAAUUUAGCCACAUGA